GCUCGGAGGGGCUGUGCGAGGCUCUGCGAGGGGCCGCGUUCGGAAAUUCGGUCCUCGGCCGUAAGCUCUCAUCACCCUUCUCUCCAUCCAUCUCUGAGGGGGGUCCCGGACCCGAUCCUGGAGCCGCCUCCCGCGGCUCCUGCCCGGACUUUGCCCCCACGCAGGGUGCGCCACGGGGCGCUGUCCGCACCACUGGCCGGCCGCGGGCCUGUCAUCGGCGCCCGCUUCCUGCCCCCCGCGGGGACAGCGAGUUCGGGACAGGGAAGAGGCGGCGGGAGCCCGGGCUCUGUGGCGCUCCGGGGGCCGUGGGGAUCGGCCUCGAAAUUCCGCGCCGGGAACGGCCCGCUGCUGCGGAGCGGCGUUGGUCAAUGGAGUAAUACAGGGCAGGGGUGCGACGGAGCGCAACUUACAUUAACUUUUUGUAACCCGACGCGCUGAUUUAUUGUUAGCGCACAUGCAACACUGGAGGACGGGUCACCCAUCCCCACUAUCCGCACCCCUCCCGCCCUGGGGGCGCUCUGCCUCCACACCGCAGCCGCCUCUUGAGGUGGUUCCGGAGCGAGGGGCGAGAACAAGUUCAAGCGCCGCUCUGAUUGGAGGAUCCGCCUCAUGAAGCUCCGCCCCCCGCGAAAGGACCCACCAAUGGGCACGGGCGGCGCGCCGUAGCACCGCGAGAGUUGCGCUGAAGCUGGUGCCGCCAUCUUGGAGUUGGGAGAGGCCGCGUCCCGUUGCUGUCCCUCUCGGAGGGUCGUUAGCGGGGGGGAGGGGGGAGGAUGGUAGCCCGACGGUGAGCGAACGGCACCCGGGAGUCCCUCCUCGCGCCGCCGAGCGGCGGCGACCGCGGGGCUGGCGGGAUGGUGCAGUCGUGUUCCGCCUACCGCUGCCGGAACCGAUACGACAAAGAGAAGCCCAUCUCCUUCCACAAGUUUCCUUUGACCAGGCCCGAUCUAUGCAAGAAAUGGGAGGCGGCGGUGAAAAGGAAAAACUUCAAGCCCACCAAGUACAGCAGCAUCUGCUCGGAGCACUUCACACCCGACUGCUUCAAGCGGGAGUGCAACAACAAGCUGCUGAAGGAAAACGCUGUGCCCACUAUAUUCUGUUACACUGAGCCCAGUGAAAAGCCUGAGGAAUUUUCAGAGCAGCCAGAUGAUCCGCUUCCUCCACCGCCACCGCCGCCGCCUCCACCGCCACCGCCGCCACCGCCGCCACCUGCAGCUCCAAUGCUACCGCCGUCUCCAUCAGCUCCUUCUUUUCAUUUAUCUCAGAUAGAUGCCAGAUUUGUAGAUCCAAGUAUCGGAUUAUUGAUGCCUCCUCUCCAGACCCCUAGCAAUCUUGCUGUUUUUUGUGAUCACAAUUAUACCGUAGAGGAUACAGUUCAUCAGCGAAAAAGAAUUCAGCAGCUAGAGGAACAAGUUGAAAAACUGCGAAAGAAGCUCAAGACGGCGCAACAGCGAUGCCGACGUCAGGAGAGACAAAUUGAAAAACUGAGAGAGAUUGUUCAGUUUCAGAAAGAAAAAGACAUCCUGGCAGGAAAAGGCUAUGUGAUUCUGCCCAAUGACUAUUUUGAAGUUGUGGAAGUUCCUGCAUAAAAGUCAUGAGCGUCCAUUUCCACUUGGCUAGGCUAAGAAGUUUAGUUUAAAAACUCAAUGCUCUCAAAUUCCGUUUGGGAGACUCUUCCAGAAUCCUAAAUCAGCAAAUAAGCUGUCAUGCAUAGGAGAUCACAUUUUUUAAUUUGUUUUCAUUUAAGUUUGAUAUGUUUUUUAAUGUACUGAAAUUGGAAACAUCUCAGAAUUAGGAUGCACAUUUAUUUUUUGAAAUAGGAAUUGCUUUGCAGAAGGAAAGGAUGCAUGGUUAAAUACACUUAAAAUCUGUACUUCUCUCUCUCUCUCUCUCUCUCUCUCUCUCCCUCUCCCCCUCUCUCUGUCUUUUUUUUACAAUGGUUAUCUUAUACUUACAUAGGCUGAAAGUGAAGCUGAGGUUGUUCUACACUUAAUACAAAACUUUAUCAAGGCAUUUAAUGUUUGCAUAGGUGGUCCCCACAAAAUACAAUUUUUUUAAGCCAGCUGAGUACCUGCAAAUGCUGCUUUGUAUAGAGAAAAGUAAGAUACAUAUAUAUAUGUGUGUAUAUAUAUUUCAGACUGGGAACACUUCUAACCAAUUGUUAUGCCUUCAAAAUACUGCAGAAAGUCUAAUUCCUAGAUCCCUUUGGUGUGUAAAUGAGCCUUUUCUUUUGGAGUAUGUGUGGAGACUGAGAAGGGGAGAUUUCAUUAGUAUGGCUGACUAGAGCUAUAGGAGUUUUUGCUUUAAGUACACUUGCAGACCUUGCUGAAAUACAGUGCUGCUCUGAACAUGCAUGUUGUCACAUUAUUGGCAGGAUCAGGAAGGUGGUGUACUGUGCAGGGUGACUGCUUUCUAAAGUGUCCUAAUAAUAUGCAGUUCCCAGUAUACUGGAAUAUGCCACUCUCAUAAGCACUGUAAGGGUAGAACAUUGUCCUUGUCUGUGAUUGAUGCACAUUUCAGCCAGCAUGGGCUCAUGAAAGGCCUGCUUGACCAAUCUGAUCUCUGUGACCAGAUGACCUGCUUGGUGGACAGUGGAAAGGCUGUUGUCAUAGUCUACCUAGACUUCAGCAAAGCUGCUGACGCUGUCUCCCACAAUGUUCUCCUGCAGAAGCUGGCAGCUCGUGUGUACACUCUUUGCUGGGUAAUGAACUGGCUGGUUGGCCGAGCUCUAAGAAUAGUGGUGAAUGGAGUUAAAUCCAAAUGGUGAUUGGUCAGGAGUUGUGUUCCCCAGGGGUUGGUACUGGAGCCUGUUCUGUUCAGUAUCUUGAUUGAUGGCCUGAAUGAGGGGAUUGAGAGCACGCUCUGUAAGACUGGCUGGAAGACUGUUUGGAGGAAAAGGACCAGGGGGUGUUGAUCGGCGCUUGGCUGUAUGUGAGCCAGUUGCAUGCUCAGGUGGCCAAGAAGGCCAGUGGCUUCCUGUCUUGCUUCAGAAACAGUGCAGCCAGCAGGAGUAGGGAAGUGAUUGUUUCCCUGUAUUCAGCUCUGGUGAGGCCACACUGUGUUCAGUUUUAGACUCGUUACUACAAAAAAACGUUGAGGCCCUGGAGGUUGUUCAAAGGAGAGCAGCGAAGCUAUGAGGGGUCUGGAGCACAGGUCUUAUGGGGAGUGGCUGUAGGAACUGGGAUUGUUCAGUCUGGAGAAGAGGAGGCUCAGAGGAGACCUUACUGCUCUCUACAACUGCCUGAAAAGAGAUUGUAGUGAGAUGGGGGACAGCCUCUUCUAGGUAGGAUAGACAGGAAUAGCCUCACGUACUGCCAGGAGAGAUUCAGGUUGGAUAUUAGGAAAAACUUAUUUUCAGAAAGAGUGGUGAUGCAGUGGCACGGGCUGCCCAAGGAAGUGGUGGAGUCACUGUCCAUGGAGGUGUUCAAGAACUGUGGAUGUGGCACUGAAGGACAUAGUUUAGUGGGCAACAUUGAUGGUAGGUGGAUGGUUGCACUAGAUGAUCUUAGGCAUCUUUUCCAACCUUAGUGAUUCUAUGAUUCUAUUAUCUCAAAAUGUGUGUAGCUUCAGGAAUGUUUUUUUUUUUUUUCCUCUGGAGUACUGGACAUUUGCUACUUUCAUUAUACCAUAUUACAGUUUUCUUUCUAUCCACCUCUCCCUUUUUUUAAUUCCCCCAAAGUCCACCAUUGGGCAGCAGUGGAUUUGGACUUUGGGAGUUGCUUGGUGCUAGACUGGUUUUUAAUAUCUCCAAUGCUGCUGUCUCUCCUUCAGCCUUAUUAAGAGUUUCUAAAAAUUAAUUUAGCAUGACGAAGUAGUGCCACAGUUUGCACUUAUUGUCAAAUAAUUUACUGAGUCAAUGCACUCAUUCAAAAUCGGAGAAUGACAUCAUACUGACUGUAUUGUAGCUUUCACAGCUGAAAUUCACAGAAUUAAACAGACAUGAGGAGGA